AUGAACCUAGAUAAAUGUUAUUUUCGUUAUAUAAAAUCUGAGGAAAAGGUAGAUAUUUCAUUUUUAUUGAAAAUUAAUGAUACAGCGCGACAAUUUAACUUUAGUCGACAACCCACAGAAAGUUUACAAACUCUUUUUAAUCGAAUUGAGGCUAAUGUUCAAAAAGUCAUUAGUAAGAAGAAAGGAAGAAGUGGAAAGGCAGCCGAAAAUGAUUCUAAAAUAAAAGUUGCAAUGUUUGAUGAUACAAAUAAUGAAGAAAUUUCUGUAAAAUAUUCCUGUAUAGAUUUAUUUAAACUAAAUAGACCAUUAAAAUUGGAAAUUUAUAAUCAAGUUUACGAAACAGUUUUUAAUGCACCAUGGAUUUUGAACAUAAAUUUACCAAAAUGUUUAUUGGUUGGAUUUCCAGUUUAUCCUGAAAACUUUGAGACUUUAUAUACCAUAAAAGACAAAUCCAUUUUUAAAUGGUUUAAAGGGUCUCCUGUUAAUGAUAAAGGAAACGAAUUAAGUAAUAUUCAUGUCCAGUGGAUUUUAGUAGGAAAUAAUUUUUCGUAUGUUCCCACUGUAGAGGAUGUUGGUUUGAAAUUAAAACUUGAAUGUAUUCCAGGAAAUGAUACUACACUUGGACCUGCUGUAGAAGCUAUUUCAAAAAGUCUUGUAGAAGCGAGUCCCGGUCCUUGCCCUUUUGAAACAAGACAUUUGUUUACUUCUACAAAAUUAAAAGAUUCAAGUUUUCGAUGCAUUUCCUACAAUAUAUUGGCUGAUUUGUAUUGUGACUCUGACUUUACAAGAACUGUCCUUCAUCCAUACUGCCCACCAUAUGCAUUACAAAUAGAUUAUAGAAAACAACUUAUUUUAAAAGAACUUCAAGGAUACAAUGCUGAUAUAAUUUGCCUUCAAGAAGUUGACAGCAAAGUAUUUAACAACAGUUUACAACCAUUUUUGGGAUCAGAAGGUUUUUCAGGAUUAUUUUACAAGAAAGGAAAAACUGUUGCUGAGGGUUUAGCUUGUUUUUACAGACAAACAAGAUUUGAAUUGCUCGAAGAAAAAACUAUAUUGCUAGCUGAAGGUUUAAAAACUGAACCUUGUCUUCAAUCAAUAUGGAAUGCAAUUAAAGAAAAUAAGUUAUUGUUGGAAAGAGUUCUAGAUAGAUCUACUGUGGCUAGUGCAACAGUAUUAGAAUCCAAAGAUAAUUCGGAUGAGAUACUUGUAGUUGGCAAUACUCAUUUGUACUUUCACCCUGAUGCUGAUCAUAUACGGUUACUUCAAGGGGGAAUGGUAAUAUAUUGGUUGAGAGAAAUACGCAACAAUUUAUCAGAAAAGUAUCCCAGAAGAAGGAUCUCACUUAUUCUAUGUGGUGAUUUUAACAGUGUUCCCUCUUGUGGCAUAUAUCAAUUAUAUACCACUGGAACAGCCCCUAGUUCUCUUCCAGAUUGGAAAUCAAAUGCUGAUGAGGCUGUUUAUGAUUUGAGUCUCUCACAAGAUAUACCUCUCGCUAGCGCGUGUGGAACUCCACCGUUUACAAAUUUUACAGCAGGAUUUGCAGACUGCUUGGAUUAUAUAUUUUAUGACAAAAGUCGUCUUGAAGUUGAACAGGUAAUCCCCUUCCCUACAAUAGAAGAGCUGCAAGCCAACACGGCAUUGCCAAGCGUAGUUUUUCCGUCUGACCAUAUAGCUAUUAUAUCAGAUUUACGAUUUCGUUCGAAAAAAGUGAAGUAUUUGAAUGUGUAA